GAUUCCAAAGCAUCAAGUUUAGAGGUUUAUUUUCAAAAGAUGCAAAGGCAUUUUGAACAGAAUUCCAAAAUUAGAGACGUCCAGGCACAUACAUCCAAAGUUCAUUCUGUUGCGUGGAGUUGUGACGGUCGUAGGUUGGCCUCGGGCUCUUUUGACAAGUGUGUUAGCAUCUAUAGCUUGGAUAAAUAUGGACUGAAUAAAGAGGCAAGUUACAGAGGCCAUUAUGAAAGUGUAGAUCAAUUAUGUUGGCAUCCCUCAAAUCCUGAUUUACUGGCAACAGCAUCUGGUGAUAAAACCAUAAGAAUAUGGGAUACUCGAGCUGGAAAAUGUGUAAAUGUUGUGAACACUAAAGGUGAAAAUAUUAACAUUUGUUGGAGUCCUGAUGGAAACACUAUUGCUGUUGGAAAUAAAGAAGAUCUUAUAACUUUUGUUGAUGCAAAAACAUACAAACCAAAAUGUGAAGAACAAUUUCGUUUUGAGGUAAAUGAAAUCUCGUGGAAUAAUGACAAUGAUUUGUUUUUCUUGACCAAUGGACAAGGUUUUAUCAAUGUUUUGAGCUAUCCAGAAUUGAAAUCUCUUCAGACGCUUCAUGCUCAUCCAGCCAACUGCAUCUGUAUAAAAUUUGAUCCAACUGGGAAGUAUUUUGCAACCGGAAGUGCGGAUGCAUUAAUUAGUUUGUGGGACUUGGAUGAGCUUGUGUGUGUGAGAACAUUUUCAAGACUGGAUUGGCCCGUUCGUACUCUUAGCUUUAGCUACGACGGUCAAAUGAUUGCUUCUGGUUCAGAAGAUCUUCUUAUUGAUAUUGCAAUGGUGGAAACAGGUGAGAAAAUCUGCGAGGUACCUUGUACCGCUCCAACGUUUACACUGGCCUGGCAUCCACGGAAGCAUAUUCUUGCCUUCGCUUGCGAUGAUAAGGAUAAACACGAUCGAGAUGCAGGAACGGUGAAAAUUUUUGGGCUUUCCAGUUGAUCUUAUGUAAAAUAUUGCAAGUAUAGAUUGUGCUGCUAUCCCGAUCUACGUAUUGCCCUGUUCUACCGUACAGUAGCAUGAGAUAUUUAACUUUUGUUCUCGAUCCUUUGAGUUAAAGAGAAUAACGCUGUUUAAUUAUCUUUUUACUCCUUCUGAAAACAAUGUAAAGAAACUAUUGCCAUAAUUUACAGCAUGUAGUUUACCAUGAAAAAGAAACACAAAAUAAUUUCUACAAUCUGUGAGAUGACGAUCAUCUUUUAAAAGAUAGUCAUCAAUUAGGAGGUGGCGUCGCGCAAAUUUGUAAAGAUGAAUUAAAAGAAAAUUAAUAUUGCUUAAG